AUGCACUCGGCUUCCAGUAUGCUGGGAGCGGUGAAGAUGGAAGGGCACGAGCCGUCCGACUGGAGCAGCUACUAUGCCGAGCCCGAGGGCUACUCCUCGGUGAGCAACAUGAACGCCGGCCUGGGGAUGAACGGCAUGAACACGUACAUGAGCAUGUCGGCGGCCGCCAUGGGCAGCGGCUCGGGCAGCAUGAGCGCCGGCUCCGUGAACAUGUCGUCGUACGUGGGCGCGGGCGUGAGCCCGUCCCUGGCCGGGAUGUCCCCCGGGGCGGGCGCCAUGGCCGGCAUGGGCGGCUCGGCCGGGGCGGCCGGAGUGGCGGGCAUGGGGCCGCACCUGAGCCCGAGCCUGAGCCCGCUCGGGGGGCAGGCGGCCGGGGCCAUGGGCGGCCUGGCGCCCUACGCCAACAUGAACUCCAUGAGCCCCGUGUACGGGCAGGCGGGCCUGAGCCGCGCGCGCGACCCCAAGACGUACCGGCGCAGCUACACGCACGCCAAGCCGCCCUACUCCUACAUCUCGCUCAUCACCAUGGCCAUCCAGCAGAGCCCCAGCAAGAUGCUGACGCUGAGCGAGAUUUACCAGUGGAUCAUGGACCUCUUCCCCUUCUACCGGCAGAACCAGCAGCGCUGGCAGAACUCCAUCCGCCACUCGCUCUCCUUCAACGACUGCUUCCUCAAGGUGCCGCGCUCGCCCGACAAGCCCGGCAAAGGCUCCUUCUGGACCCUGCACCCCGACUCGGGCAACAUGUUCGAGAACGGCUGCUACCUGCGCCGCCAGAAGCGCUUCAAGUGCGAGAAGCAGCUGGCCCUGAAGGAGGCCGCGGGUGCCGCGGGGGGCGGCAAGAAGGCGGCCGCGGCGGCCCAGGCUUCGCAGGGCCAGCUCGGGGAGGCCGCCGGGCCGGCCUCCGAGACUCCAGCGGGCACCGAGUCGCCCCACUCGAGCGCCUCCCCGUGCCAGGAGCACAAGCGAGGGGCCCUUGGCGAGUUGAAGGGGACGCCGGCUGCGGCGCUGAGCCCCCCGGAGCCGGCGCCCUCGCCCGGGCAGCAGCAGCAGGCCGCGGCCCACCUGCUGGGGCCUCCCCACCACCCCGGCCUGCCGCCCGAGGCCCACCUGAAGCCGGAGCACCACUAUGCCUUCAACCACCCGUUCUCCAUCAACAACCUCAUGUCCUCGGAGCAGCAGCACCACCACAGCCACCACCACCACCAGCCGCACAGAAUGGACCUCAAGGCCUACGAACAGGUGAUGCACUGCCCCGGCUAUGGCUCCCCCAUGCCAGGAAGCCUGGCCAUGGGCCCAGUCACAACCAAAGCGGGCCUGGACGCCUCGCCCCUGGCCGCGGACACCUCCUACUACCAGGGGGUGUACUCCCGACCCAUUAUGAACUCCUCUUAAGAAGACGACGGCGGCUCGGCCAGACCAGGACCAGGACCAGCAGGAGAGGAAGUGGGGUGGAGACUUUCAGGAAGGGAGACUGGAAAGACACGGGGGAGAAGGACCCGUCACCACCCCCCGCAGCCCCUGGGACAGCAGUCUCCCUGACCUGCUGCGGCCCUCCCUCCCUCACAGGGGCCACGCUGAUAUCUGUCAUCAUCCCACGUAAGGAGGGAAAGGGAAAAGGAUAAACAGUCAAAAAAAGGCAAAAAGCGAAGUGUCGGUUUCCUCCACUGUGUAGACGCCUGCUUCUUUAAGUACCUGCGAGUUCUGACUUUUUGUUGUCGGUGUUCCUCUCCAUCACUCUUGCCGCAGGGAAGUCUUACUUUAUUAAAAAAAAAAAAAAGAAAGAAAGAAAACGAAAAAACAAAACAAAAAGGCAAAAAAAAAAAUACACAAACUUUUGUGAGUUACAGUGUAAAACCAUGUAGUUUUAACAGAGAACAGAGUUGUACUAUUGUUUAAAAAGAGGAAAAAAAAUGAUGUAAGAGUCUGUUGUAAAUGACCAAGAAAAAGAAAAAAAAAAGCAAGCAUUCCCAUUCUUGACACGGUGAAAUCCAGGUCUUGAGUCUGAUUAAUUUAUGGUUUCUGCGUGCUUUAUUUAUGGCUUAUAAAUGUGUGUUCUGACUGCAAGGACCAGAGUUCCACAAAUCUAUAUUAAAGUGUU